CCACACUCCUAAAAAGAACAUCAUUUUAAGUUAAUUUAUUCUUGCAGAAGGUGUAAUAUAUGUAAUGAUAUAAAAACAGAAAGUGUAACAGUCGGUCAUCAGUUGAUUAGUAUCAUCCCAUAUAGCACAAUGGCAAAAUUAGUAUCUGGCUGUAUUCUGUUUGCAGUAAUUUUUACCACAGUUCACUCGGGAAUUAUUGGUGAUCAUGAAUUGGGAAGUAGUUAUAGUUUCAUAACGAAGGAAGAAGAACCUCAUCAAGAUUUAGGAGGAGAAGAACUAUUACAGGAUAUUCAUAGUGAGCCCAUAGUAGAAGAUCUCGGACAUUAUGACUUAGGACACUAUGAAGAACAAGGGUAUGAGGAACUCGGCCAUCAAGAACUUGGGCACGAGGAACAUGAGGAUCAUUACGCCUACCCUAAAUAUUCCUUCAGUUAUGGAGUGAAUGAUCAUCACACUGGAGACGAAAAACAGCAUUGGGAAAGUAGAGAUGGUGAUUCUGUUAAAGGAGGAUAUUCUCUCAAGGAAGCUGAUGGUACCACUCGUCACGUCUCAUAUACAGCUGAUAAGCACAAUGGAUUUAAUGCUGUUGUCUCCAAAAUAGGUCAGCCUGAGGAGCAAAUAGAAUAUGGAGGCCAUGAAAUCUUGGAAGAUGCCCACAUUGGCAGCCAGUACGAUAGUCAUUUGUAACAGAAAGAAAGUUGUUUCCUUGUAUUUGUUAUAAACUGUUUCUCAUGCAUUAAAAAUCAGUAAAAUUAUAAAUAAUUUUCAAUA